UUGCUUUAUCACGCUGGACACAUGCGUUUUACUGUCAAUUCGUAAUAAAAUAUUUUUCUUCAGAUUGCUACUACGUUUCCUCAAUUUGAAAAUAUUAAAGCACAAUGGGUAAGAGCAAGAAAGCUUUCAUCGAUCGCAAAAAUGCUGUGACCUUUCAUUUGGUACACAGAAGUCAACAUGACCCUCUGGUAGCCGAUGACACUGCGCCUCAACGUGUGUUGGUGGAAGCGACUCCGCAGAACCAAACUAAAACCACAGACCCAGAAAAUACUACUAAACGCCGUGAAGAACAACAGAAGUUUGGUAUAUUUUUUGAUGAUGAUUAUGAUUAUCUACAACAUUUAAAAAAGCCGGAGCAGGAAGUGGUUUGGGAGUAUGUUGAAAACCCAAAUCAUGCACGCAAACGAAUUGAAGAAGGCGCAGUAACUACCGCUCCAAAAUUAGCAUUGCCAAGUUCAGUAUUUGCUUCUGAAUUUGAGGAGGAUGAAGGUAUGUUAAACAGAGCGGCCACCGUUUCUGGACCACGACCAGAUUGGGACCCAGAUGUAGUUGCUGCAUUAGAUGAAGAUUUUGAUUUUGAUAAUGAGGAUAACCUGUUGGAUGAUGAUUUUGUUGUGAAAGCAAUGGCAGAAGGCGAAGAUGAUGAUGAAGGUGAAUAUGAGGAUGAUGAUAAUGAAGAUGAAUCAUCUUCUAAUAUGGAGGAAGAUGAUGAUCAAGAUUUUGAUUCUGACGAUUUGAAUGAAAGUGAUGAAGAGGAGGAUGAUCAAGAAUUAAUGGAUCGACUUGGACCAUUACUGCGUGAGCGUCGUUUUAACGAUGAGGAAACUAAAUCGCGAUUUACUGAGUAUUCUAUGUCCUCAAGCGUUAUUCGGCGCAACGAACAAUUGUCAUUGUUAGAUGAUCGUUUUGAGCAUUUUUAUGCUACAUACGAUGAUCCCGAAUUAGGAGAUCUAGCCUGUGAAGAAAUUGAGGGAGAUUGGGAUCAGAAGCAUCGAGUUUUGAUGCAAUGCUACAGAGAACACAAACGCGGCAAAAGAGUGGAACCGUACAAAAAGGAAUGGGAUCGUGAACGGGUUGAAAAAUAUCGUAAUAUCGUUGAUGGUGAAGAGGAUCCCAAUGAGGAAUUGGUUGAAGUAGAAAUGAAUGAUGAUAAACAGAAAAAAUGGGAUUGUGAAUCUGUGCUCUCAACAUAUUCGAAUAUUUAUAAUCACCCAAAACUCAUUGCAGAGCCCACACGUAGAAGUCGUCGGAGUAGUAAAGCUGAAUCAAAUGAUGGCCCAAAUAAAAUUGAGAUUGAUCCGAAAACGGGAAUGCCGUUAAACGUUUUGAGAAAUGGCGAUAAUAAUCAACUUACUGAAAAAGCUUUAGCAAAACUCGAAAAUGGUGCAAUUUCGUCGGGCGGUCCAAAAUCACUGUGCAACAAGUCUUUAAUAUCUACCUUAAGUGUAUUAUCCCUUCGGCCUAAAGAUGAAACACCUGAAGAGAAGCGGGAACGCAAACGACUUUUAAAAGAAUAUCGGUUAGAACGACGGAUCGAAAAGAAGGCAAACACGGAGGCCUUUAAAGAAGAAAAGAAGCGACAAACUCACGUUAAAAUCAAUCAAAAAUCUAAUCAACAAGGCAGCAAAAUUGUGUAACUUAUAUUAAAUGUUAUAAAUCGUUGUAUAAAAAAAUAAUUUGUGUCAAUAAAAAUGCAAAUAAUAGUUUAUCAAUAUA